AUGUCCAAGACCGUCGUAGUUGUGGGCGCGUCCUUUGCCGGCCUUGCCGUCUCUCAUCGCCUUCUCAAGUACACGAGGCAAAAGGAAAAGAAUCUUCGAGUCGUCCUCGUUUCACCCACCAGCCACUUUUACUGGAACCUCGCCUCCAUCCGCGCCGUCGUCCCCGGCCUCAUCAAAGAGGACCAAAUCUUCCACCCCAUCGAGCCCGGCUUCUCCCUCUACCCCAAGGAGAACUUUGAGUUCGUCUACGGCUCCGCCACCUCUGUCGACACCGACGCCAAGACCGCCUCCGUCGCCGCGCCCGACGGCGAAAAGACCCUCAAGUACGACUACCUCGUCCUCGCCACGGGCGCCCGCUCCGCCAACGACGACGUGCCGUGGAAGCCCCUCGGCAGCCACGAGGAGACGGUCCAGCAGCUCCGCGACACCGCGAAAAAGGUCGGCGCCGCCAAGACCAUCCUCGUCGCCGGUGCCGGCGCCACCGGCUGCGAGACCUCGAGCGAGAUCAAGCACAAGUACGGCGCUGACAAGGAUGUCAUCCUCCUCGCCGCCGAUGCCGAGGUCAUGGGCGGUGAUGUGCUGGCGUCCAACAUGGAGUACGAGAUGAAGAAGCUCGGCGUUGACGUCCGCAAGAACGCGAGGGUCGCCAGCACCGAGGUCCUCGCCGACGGCAGGACAGAGGUCCGCCUCGUCGAGGGCGCCCCCAUCACCGUUGAUCUCUACCUCCCCACCAUGGGCCUUAAGCCUAAUACCGGCUACCUGAGCGAGAAGCUUCUCAACGAGAACAAGUACGUCGAGGUCGACGAGUUUUACCAGGUCAAGAACGCGGAAAACGUGUGGGCCUGCGGCGACAUCGUCUCCAAGCCCCGUGCCGGGUUUAUGAUUACGGACAAGCAGGCUGCCGGUGUUGCGAAGAACAUCGAACUCGUCAUCCAGGGCAAGGCCCAGCUCCCCGUCAAACUCCUCCCCGUUGACGCCCUCAUGUGCGCCGCCGGCCGCGAUCGUGGCGCCGGCCGCAUCGGCAACGUCAAGGUCUUUUCCAUCAUGGCCUGGGCUCUCAAAGGUCGCACUCUAGGGAUGCCCUGGGCCCCCAAGUACGUGGACGGCACCCAGUGGUGA